GGUUUUUCGUUUUUUUUUCGCAACACAGUUGUUUUGUUUCAGAGCAUCGCCCACCUCGCCGCCGCCUUCAGUACUACACAUUGUGCCGCAGCAAAUACACAAACCACAGCAGUUCCUUUAAAAAAAAUAAAGGACACUGUGACAGAAAAGGUGUGUAGCGUUCGCGACCAGCAUAAUUGUGUUUUCUCUUUUUCUUUUUGCAAAACGCAAUCGCCCCUCUCCAGUGGCUGUGCUGCGAGUUCCUCGAUACAAAGUUUUCUAUCGUUUUUUUUUUUUCUGGGGGACCUUCCCCACCGACAGCCCUUUGUGCCACGUUCUACGCACUUUGAUAGAAGAGGUGAUCGCGCGAGAGACUACCCAAUAACGUUCGUGUUGACAGUCGUAUCUCUGUUAUACAUCCUCUUCGCGUGAGCUUUUCAUUACUAAAAAAGGACACUUUUCCUUCUCAACUUUCUAUUUGUGCCCGCAUACCAUUAGCGGCCAAGGUAAGAUAAACAACGAGAAAUCGUUGCCGAUCAUUUCACUGCGUACGUUGCUAACAAGCGAUCAGGAGCACGGUGUACUUGCCGGAAUAGCUUUUGAUAUCCUAUUUGUGUCUCAUUUUAUUCCCCUUUUGGAUCAACAACGAAAAGAACCCCAGCAAUACAAAAAAAAAAAUGGAGAGGGAAAACGAAGUUGCCAUCGACCAGAAAUAUCUGGACAAGCAGAGCCGCACCAUUGGCACCUAUGGCCUGGAGACGAUGGCUAAGCUGAUCGCCUUCAAGGUGGUCAUUGUGGGCUGCGGUGGUGUCGGUAUUGAGGUCGCAAAGAACCUCGCUUUAGCUGGUAUUCACACCAUUCGCCUCUACGACCCGCGUACGCCAACCGUGCAGGAUGUGGGUGUCAACUUCGCUGUCACGGAGCAGGCGUUGUCAUCGGGGAACUCGGUCGCCGCGCUGUCCGCCAGCUACAUCCAGGAGUUGAACCCGAACACCCGCGUCCGCGCCAUUGACGCCUUGACGGAAGACUACGUGAAGGACAGCAUCGCCCUCAUCUUCACCGCGGCCGCCCCUGAUUUGAGUCUGACGACGCUGAACAGGUGGAACGACUUCUGCCGCCGGCACACACCCACUGUUUCCUUUGUCCUGGCGAUGCAGCUCGCCGCUUGCGGCUCCGUCUUCGCCGACCACGGUCCUUCCUUCACGGUGAGGGACGCAGACGGCCGGCCGAUGCUGCAGAAGUCGAUUACAGAGGUGGUAACGCUGACGGACAAGACCGGCGAGAAGUACACGCGCAUCCGCUACGAGACACCGGAGGGGCAGACGCCCGGCGCUCUGCGCGACUACACGCAGAUCAAGCUGAGCGAGGUACGAGGACUGGUACGAGAGACGGGCGAGUCGGUUAACGGGCAGGUUUUUGACGGGGUGGUAUGCCCGACGGAUCCGCGGGACACCGUGCGUGUGUACCCGGCCUUCGAGACGCGAGGCUACCGUGCGUACGAGACGGGCGGUUUCCUGCACGAGCUAAAGGAAGUGACCCACUUGUCGUUCCGCCCGUUGAAGGAGGCGCUGGUGGCGCCCGGCGCGUUCGUGCCGGUGAGUCCGAUGAUGGACAACUCCGAGGAGUCAGAGACGCACCUCAUCCUCUACGCUCUGCUGCGCUACGCCGAUCAGCAUCAAGGGCACCUGCCCCAGCUGCACAGCCAGCACGAGGCCGAGGAGGUGGUGAGGCUGGCAAAGCUGAUUCAGGAGGAGAACAAGGCGCUGCCUGUGCCCACGGCUCCGCAGGCAGCCGGGAAGCCAGAAAAGGUGGAGUUUCCAUACAAACUGCCCCCGCCGCCUCCGCCAGUCCCGCUCGUGUUGGAGACGUUUGAGGAGAAGGCGGUUCUUCAAGCAGCGCUGCUGUCCCGGGCGGAGCUGCAGCCCCUCUCCUCCUUCUUUGGCGCUGUCGUGGCGCAGGAAGUUGUGAAGAUCACGGGCAAGUACUCACCGAUGCACCAGUGGUUCCACCUGUCCUGUGCGGCCGUGCUGCCGAGCGACGCCGAUUACAGUGCCAGCAACAACUAUCAUCCCAUUAAGUCGCGCUACGAUCACAUCAUCGCCCUCUUUGGGAAGGAGUUCCAACAGCAGCUGGCGAACCUGAGGGUCUUCAUGGUGGGUUGCGGUGCGCUGGGCUGUGAAAAUAUCAAGAACUUCGCCCUCUGCGGCAUCACGUGCGGGCCGAACGGGUCUCUCGUUGUGACCGACAACGACCGCAUCGAGGUGUCCAACUUGAGCCGGCAGUUCCUCUUCCGCGAGGAGAACGUGGGCCAGUCGAAGUCGGCGGCCGCGGCGGCCCGCAUGCGACAGAUGAACCCGGACUGCAAGGUGGACCCCCGCCAGGAUUACGUCGGUGCGACGACGGAGCACGUCUUCCCUGACACUUUCUGGCAGUCGCUUGACGUUGUCGUCAACGCCCUCGACAACAUGGAGACCCGCCUCUACGUCGACCAGCAGUGCGUGCGCUUCCACAAGGUGCUGGUGGAGGCCGGCACGAUGGGCACAGGUGGUAACGUUGAUAUCAUCGUCCCGGGGAGGACGUCGUCGUACGCGGACGGCGGUGCGGCGGAUCAGACGGGCGGCAUCCCCAUGUGCACCCUACGCAAUUUCCCAUACAUUUAUGAUCACUGUAUUGAGUGGGGGCGUGCGCUGUUCGACGACAUGUUUGUGUCGCCCAUGCAAACCGCCCAGCAGGUCAUCGAGGACCCGACCGCCUUUACGCAGCGCAUCACGCACGAGGUGUCGGGCGGCUCCAGCGCGGGCGAGCGUCGCAGUCUCAUCGCGAAAAACCUUGGCUCUUUGAAGUCCGUGAAGCGCACCUUGUCCAUCCUGGUGGAGGGGCCGACCAUGGCGAAGUGCGCGGCGCUCGGAUGGGAUCACCUCUUCCGCCUCUUCCGCGACCGUAUUCUGGACCUGCAGGUCGCCUUUCCCCGUGACGCCAAAAAAAAGAACGGCGAACCGUUCUGGUCCGGCCACCGGAAGUACCCCUCCGCGCUGGACGUGGCGCCGGCGACGGUCACGGCGAACCCGGACGCGAGGAACUUCCUCGUCGCGGCGACCAACCUGUACGCGUGCAUGUUCGGCGUGCACCCGCCCAAACCGGAGGCCCGCUUCAACGACGACCACCACCGCUGGAUGGAGCAGUACCGCACCGAUGCGUGGGUGCAGGCAGAGGUGCGCGCGUUCGCCGUGCCGCCCUACGUGGCCGGCUCCGUCGAUGACCUCGAGGACGACUUAAAAACUGAUGCGCAGGAGAGCAAGGAGGUCUCGGUGGAAGAGGCGGAGGCGGAGCUGCAGGAGUUGUUGAGAGAGGUGGCGGCGCUGGCGACAAAGUGCAAGGGCAGCGCAGCGGGUCCGCUGGAGUUCGAGAAGGACGACGAUGACAACUUUCAGAUCGACUUUGUUGCGGCGGCGAGCAACUUGCGGGCGGAGAAUUACGACAUCCCUCCUCAGGACCGCAUGAAGGUGAAACUGGUGGCAGGCAAGAUCAUCCCGGCCAUCGCGACGACCACCUCGGCGGUGACCGGUCUCGCACUGAUUGAGCUGUUCAAGGUACUGCAGAACAAGGACAUGUCCGCGCUGCGCAACGGCAUGUUGGACGUCGGCACAAACAACUACGUGCUCUUCGAGCGCGAUGCACCGGUGCGAAACCGCACGAAGGUGGUCUCGACCUACCUGCCGGAGCAGGACUACACCUACCGCAAAAAGAUUAUUCGCGUCCCGGAAGGGUACACGAAGUACGACAUGAUCCGCAUCCCCAUUACACCGGCCACAACGGUGGCCGACUUUGCCAAGGCGCUGGAGGUGGAGCUGAACAAGACCCUUCCUGAGGGUGUUGACUACCGGUACGAGGUGGACGGGCUUGGCGUGGGCACAGGCCUUCUGUGGAAUGGCCGGCCCAGCCAUCCGAGCACCAAUGCAUCCUUGAUGGAGGUAAUCGAGCGCCAGAAGAACGCAGAGGCGAACGGCAAGCUGACAGCUCCGUUCUGGCAGAACCGUGUGCAGUUCUGCGACCUCUCCGUCACGGUGUCGAUCGACGACGGCGAUGACGCGGUGGACGAGGUGGACGUGGAGACGGCGACGGUGUGCCUCGUCAUCCAGUAA